AUGUCCAAGUCUCUGAAAAAGUUGGUGGAGGAGAACCAGGAGAAGAACCAGCCAGAAAUGAACAUGAGUGACCGCGACAUCUCCAGCGUGCUGGAUGUCAACGGACUAUGGUUCUUAUCCCACAUCACACAACUGGUCCUCAGCCACAACAAGCUAACAACCGUGCCACCAAACAUAGCAGAACUGAAGAAUUUGGAAAUGCUCAACUUUUUUAACAACCAGAUUGAGGAGCUGCCCACACAGAUCAGCAGCCUUCAGAAACUCAAGCACCUGAAUCUUGGCAUGAACAGACUAAACACUUUGCCUCGAGGAUUUGGCUACCUCCCAGCUCUUGAGGUUCUUGAUUUGACUUGCAACAACUUGAAUGAAAAUUAUUUUCCCAGAAACUUCUACCUGACCAUCCUGCGUCCACUCUAUCUAGUAAGUGACAAUGAUUUUGAAAUCCUGCCACCAGAUAUUGGGAAGCUCACAAAAUUGCAGAUACUCAACCUUAGGGAUACUGACCUGACCUUGCUGCCUAAGGAAAUCGGGGCGCUUAUUCAGCUCAAGGAACUCCACAUUCAGGGAAACCACCUGACCGUUCUGCCCCCAGAACUAGAUGGUGUGAAAGAUACCUUUAGAGGGAUCAAAUCUCAUCCCAUUUGA